AUGGUAAGCUCAGUAAAGGAGUGAAUAAAGCAGGCAUAGCCUUCUACAACAAUCUUAUCAACGAUCUACUAUCAAAAGGUAUACAGCCUUUUGUGACACUAUUUCAUUGGGAUGUUCCUCAAGUGCUAGAAGAUGAAUAUGGUGGCUUUUUAAGCCCUCAUAUUGUGAAAGAUUUUCGAGAUUUUGCAGAGCUUUGUUUUAAAGAAUUUGGAGAUAGAGUGAAGCAUUGGAGCACCUUCAACGAGCCAUGGUCUUUUGCCACUGGUGGAUAUGACUCUAGCACCAUAAUAGGCACUCUUGCACCAGGGAGGUGUUCAGCAUGGAUGAACAAAGGAUGCCCAGCUGGGAAUUCUGCAGUUGAGCCUUAUUUGGUUGGCCAUCACAUUCUGCUUAGCCAUGCAGUUGUUGUUAAAUUGUACAGGGACAAGUACAAGGCAUCUCACAAGGGUCAGAUUGGGAUAGUGCUUGUGACUAAUUGGAUGAUGCCUUUCUCCAAUCUGUCGGCCGAUGUUAAUGCUGCCCAACGAACCCUUGACUUUUUCUAUGGAUGGUUUCUGGAUCCCUUAACCUAUGGAGAUUAUCCAAAAAUCAUGCGUAGCAUCAUUGGAGCGCGGUUACCAAAAUUCUCUCCUCAAGAAAAACUUUUGCUAAAAGGCUCCAUAGAUUUCCUUGGAGUAAAUUACUACACUUCAAGUUAUGUCUCUAAUAUUCAUGCUGCUAACAGUGUCAAUAUUAGCUAUUCCACUGACCUUAGCGUUAAUCUCACAAGUGAACGAAAUGGAAAACUAAUUGGAGCACCGACAGGAGUAAGUAUCUUUUACGAUUAUCCAGAAGGGCUUACAGAUCUCCUUGUCUACACAAAGAAAAAGUACAACAAUCCCGUCAUCUAUAUCACUGAAAAUGGAAUUGGAGAUGCCAAUAUCCAUACUGUAAAGGAAGGAGUGAAUGAUCCACAAAGGAUACGCUUUUACCGUGGCCAUCUUUCAGCAGUGAAGGCGGCCAUCAAGGCAGGUGUUAGAGUCAAAGGUUUUUUUGCAUGGACGUUCAUAGACACAUUUGAAUGGGGCUCAGGUUACACCUUGAGAUUUGGCAUUAACUAUGUUGACUUUAAAAAUGGACUUAAAAGGUACCCCAAGCGUUCAGCACUAUGGUUGAAAGGAUUCCUCAAGUAA